GAACUACAGACCGCGAAGUGAAAUCCAUGUUACCUUUUCGUGAUCUUUAUUUAUUACAGCACUGGAUAGAAGGUAAUCGAGGAACUGAUUCUGAACAAUGCGAACAUGGAAUAACUGACUGACCAGUAGUGCAGAUACAGUUGACAGAAGGGUCAGCAUCACCAUGGGUAUACAAGGGCUGCUUCCCUUCCUCAAAAAGAUCCACUCUCCAGUGAAUGUGUCCCAGUACUCAGGAUGUACUGUGGCUGUAGAUGCUUACUGCUGGCUGCAUCGUGGGGCGUUCUCUUGUGCAGACAAACUGGCUAUGGGAGAAAAAACUGAACAGUAUGUGUAUUACUGUAUGAAGUAUGUGAACUACCUUCUCAGUAAGGACAUCAAGCCCAUCCUGGUGUUUGAUGGUCAACAUUUACCCUCCAAACAUGAUGUGGAGAAAUCUCGCAGAGAGCGACGUGAAAUUAACCGCAAGAAGGCAGCUCAGUUUUUGCGUGAAGGGAAGCGCGCAGAGGCUCGGGAUUGUUUCCAGAAGUGUGUGGACAUCACACCAGAAAUGGCCCUGGAGCUGAUGAAGGCGUGUCGCUCACGAGGCGUGGACUGUAUUGUGGCUCCCUAUGAGGCAGAUGCUCAGCUGGCUUAUCUCAACAAGGCAGGCAUUGCUCAACUCAUCAUCACGGAAGACUCAGAUCUGCUCUUGUUUGGAUGUGACAAGAUAAUUUUCAAAAUGGAUUUCUAUGGCAAUGGGAUAUUGAUUGACAGCAGCCGUCUUAAUGAAGUCGUGGAGAUGAGAGAAAAUUAUACAUUUGAGAAGUUUAGAUACAUGUGCAUAUUGUCAGGCUGUGAUUACCUCUCUUCGCUACCAGGCAUUGGCUUAGCUAAGGCCUGCAAGGUGUUCAAGACAGCUAGACAGCCUGACCUGAGAUUGGUGUUAAAGAAAAUCCCCAGUUACCUGAAUACAAAAAUUGCUGUCAGUGAUGAGUACAUCAAAGGUUUUAUUCAGGCCAAUAACACAUUCCUGUACCAGUUAGCAUUUGACCCCAGAGAGAGGAAACUGGUUCCACUUACCCCAUAUCCCACAGGGAUGGAUCAGAAGGAGCUGCAGUAUGCUGGGUCAUAUUUUUCAUCAGAGAAGGCACUACAGAUAGCGCUGGGGAACUGGAACAUUUACAGCAAUGAGAUCAUGUCUGACUUCGACCCAGACUUGCCACAGUCUUCUCAACGGUCUUCUCAACAGAAGGGAAGAAACAAGCAGAAUUUCCUGUCUCACCUUAGCAUAUGGAAUAAGAAUUACCGACCUGCAGGAAACAUUCAUGCUCUAAAGGAAAUACAGCCUAAGGAGAGAUGUACAACUGUUGGAAAAGAGCAAGUGAUUGAUUCCAAGGUUUUACAAUGUUUGAAGAGAGCUAGAGAAGAUGAUGAAAAAGAGGAAAAGAUGGUUGAGGACGCCUUAACAGACACAUAUGGAGAAGCAUGUGGCAUGAAAAAGCGGAAACGAUCAGAGGGACACGACAGUAAGAACAGUGAUUCUGAAAGUGAUAAAAACGGAGGUGAAGGGAAGGAUGAGAACAAAGCUGACAAGAGACACCUCUGGGAUGUGAUACAGCAAGAGGACAAGGAAAAUUCAUCUGAGACACCUGUCACUGUUGUCACGCCAAGGCGGAAUAAAUUUGCUGUCUCUCCUCAAAGCCUGAAGAAAGAAAGAUUUGAUAUAAACGCAGUUGUGGACAGACCUGUUGUAAAGACAGAAGUUAAAAGCAGGUUUUUCAAAACUCAGUCGAAACUGGCCUUGAAAAGGACACCAGCAUCCGCUUCAAGACAAGAGGGUAUCAGUGAGAAGGGAGAUAACGCUGCUGUGAAAAAUGAGCCCUUAGAGGAAGACCACCGGGAAGUGUCAGAAGAAGCUGAAGGUGUGGCUGGUACAGACAGUUGUGAAAAUUCAAGUGCCAGUCAGCAAUCUUUAGAUGAUUUAGAACAGAAACCUAAAGAACCUACCAAGAGUAUGAAACCCAGUUCUUUCAGUCAGGAAAAAAAUUCUCCGUCGGCAUUCAGCUGGUCAAAAUUCAAAUUCUCUAAACAGGCUGGGGGGAAAGGAUUAAGUUGUCAUACAGAUAGACAAACCAUGAAAAAUAAUUUGAAAGUGAGUCAGCCUUUUAAACAACUAAAAGUGGCAAGAAAAGAGUGUGCAGACAGAGACUGUGAACCUAAUGCAAGAAGUAAAAGUCCAGAUAGUGAGGAAAAUAUUGAACUUGGGUCGUACUCCUAUGAUGAUGAAAGUGGGUAUCGAUCGUCGUCAUUGGAUAAUGGUGACAGCUCCACAUCACAGAAUACAUGCUUGUCCCAGCCGAGUCUGCCAGUAACAGAGGGUAAAUUCAGCCUCUCCACCGCUGACACUAUAGAUCUCACUGAUCCUGAGGAUGACAUCACUGAUACAGCACAACAUCAGAGAUUUGCUUCUAAGGGUGACUUCCCAAUAAGCUGCUCUACAGUUUCUAAAGAGGUAGCUGACUCCAUCACUGUGACCCCUCCCUGUGUGAAAACACCAUAUAGAGCAUCCUCCAUGUGUCGUGUGUCCGGGUUGUCUCGAGAGAAGGGGAAGAACUCUAGCCUGACAAAGCACAACUCCCUGCCAGCUGAAAAACAGACCAGCAUCAAAAGCAUGUUUGCUAAGUUCGCACAUAAAAGCAAGUGA